AAGAUAAACUGCAUUUCCUUAACAGCUAAUGGUGGUUAGUUGCUGAUCUGCUAAAAAUAAAAGAUUUCCUAAUUUCACUCUAAAGUCUGAUCACUUUACUUUUUCUAAUGUUCUAGCUGUGGACUCACUUGGGAGCAAGUUUCUGUCUGUGAAUAUGGUGACCAACAACAUGUUACUGCUACUCCUCUUUGUUUCAGAUUAUUUUCCACAUUUUGUUCAUCCUGAAACUUGUUCUACGCACCUAUACAUUACAACACCCCAGAAGAUGAAAGCACUGAGCGGAUCCUGUCUGCACAUCCCAUGUAACUUUAGUGUUCACCCAGAGGAGGAAUUAAACAGCAGAAGAGCAACCAUCGGAGUCUGGAUUAAAGAGGACUCCAGGUUUGCAAGAUAUCCAAAGAAUUUGAUUUUCAACAGUAGUCGGACACAUAACAGCUAUCCAAUGAGUAUUACCGGAAACCUGAGACAGAACAACUGCACCACUCUGUUUUCCAGUUUAAUCUCAGAUUACACAAACACAUACUUCUUCAGAAUUGAGAACUCACCACUUCUGGCAACAGCUUCUUGUGAUCCUCUUCACGUAACAGUUCAAGAUUCUCCUCCGAGCCCCACAAUUGAGAUCUCAGGUGAUGUGAAGGAGAACGUGUCUGUCACUAUAAGCUGCUCCGCUGCAACUCCCUGUCCACACGACCCUCCUCAACUCACCUGGACUCUCCAACAAAACCCCGACAACAUAAUAAAGGAAAACGCAGAUCGGACCUUCACAACUGAAAUCCAGAAGACCUUCAUUUUGUCAGACCAACAUGAUGGAUUGAACAUCACCUGCUCUGCCAGUUAUCCUGUGAAUGAAGGGACAGAUCACAAGACAGCAGAGGAGACAAAGACUCUCAAUGUUUCAUAUGCUCCCAAGAACACCUCAACGUCCAUCAGUCCAUCCUCAGGUUGGGCAGCAGACAGCAGGGUGAACCUGAGCUGCUCCAGCACAGCCAACCCUCCCGUCAGCAGCUUCACCUGGUUCAAGAAGAGCAACGAUGGAGCCGUCAGAGUGUCUGAAGGAAGAUGUUACAGCUUCAAUGUGACAGGUGGAGGGGUUUAUUACUGUGUGGCCACAAAUGGUCUCGGUAAUCAAACCUCUUCAGACAUCCAGCUCACUGUAGAAGAGGCAGAACAGCCUGAUAGCUCUCCACCAUGGGGAGCACUUGUUGGCGGGAUCAUUGGGAUCAUCUCACUCAUCUGUGUGGUUGUUGCUAUUUGGUGGUUAAAGUCAAAACAUCCAACUUCACAACAGACACAGUGGAAGCAGAUUGAGGGAAGAAACGAGACAGAAAUACAUUUUGCGCAGACGCUAACAGCUGAAGAGCUAGCUGUUCAAGAAUCAGCAACAGAAACAGAAGAAGACAUCCAUUACGGAGAGAUCGACUUCUCCAAGCGGAGACCUGAACAGUCCUCAGAGCAGGACGGUGCACAGCAGCAGGAAUCUCUGUACGCACAGGUCAAAGUGCCCGAGACAGCAAACUGCUCAACACCGACUGAUGACGAGGCGCUCUACGCCCAAGUGAAGAGGAAAUGAGGGUUGUUUGUGUCAAAACGCAGAAAACAUUUGAAUAGAAUUCAUGAUAUGUACCUUUAUGUUUAUUACCUAUAUAUAUUAUAUCUAAAUUAUAUUACUGUACAGUAUGUUUUUAUGUUUGUAGAAAAAGACACCUUGACAUGCAAAAGUCAUUUUCACUGCUCAUUAUGUGUUAUUUGAUUACACAGUUAUAAUUAUUAAAAGGAAAUGUUCUUUUCACAAC